AUGGCUACUCCUCCUUCCAUCGGCGCCCUCUUCGCCCUCGAGAUCCCCGUGACCGACAUUGAGCGCUCACAAAAUUUCUAUACGGAGCUCUUUGGCUGGGAGUUUACAGAUGUGUUUCCCAGAGGCUCACAUGGCAUACAAACUCUACACUUCUUCACCAAUCCUGCCAAGUCUAUCAACGGCGCGCUGCUGCUGCUCGACAAAGGAAUGGUGCCAAAGUCCGCUGGGCCCGAUGCGUGGGGCUUGUGGCCGACCAUUGUUGUUUCUGAUGUAGCCGAGGCCAUCACAAAGGUCGAAGCCAUGUCGGGAGGCGUCAAGACGCCUAGACUCGAACUUCCCGGUGGAAGGGGCGUCAUCGGACAUGUGAUGGAUCCUGAUGGCAACGUUCUCGGCCUCUGGUCUCAGGCGUAA